CGGCGAGCUGUUUGCGGCGGACGGAUCUUUGAGUGAAAACCUUCGGACACGAAAUGCAGAGGAGAGCUGCGAUGGAUCGGCGAGAUGUCAUUUGCACAUUGUGUUGGAGAAAAGUGCCAAGUGCAGGAGGACAGACUUGAGUGGACGGCGUCGGGUCGGCUCCGCUGUGUUAUGAUGCCGUGAUAUGGAAUUUGAAUUGUCGAAGAUGGGAUUUGUCAGCUCUGAACGUUUGUCUUUUUUUAGUUUCGUAUUGUCACAUUGAGGUAGGCGAGUGUCUUUUCUUUAUCUGCUGUUGCCUUUCAUCCCAGUCCUCCAGGGUGCAGCCAGUUGGUCCAACAAGGUUGGUUUAUUCACACUUGGAUUUACAAAAAGCCUGACGUUAAUUAACAGUUUGCUCCAAUUAUUAUUUUAGGAGGCCUGGUUUGGCCUUUUCUAAAGUUCUGCGUUACAGAUGACACCAGCCAAUCUGUCAAGUAAUCUGACCAUUUCAAUGCCAGCUCUACUCCUUCCUCUCGGAUUUCCUGAGCUAAUAUGGCUGUGGUGAUAAACGCCUGCUGUUUCUCUAAACGGUCAAGAAAUACGACUGAAAUGUUGUACUAAAACGUAACCCUUUUGUCCCCUGCAGGGCUGACUUUGGUGAUCCAGCAUCCGUUUUGCCUUUCAGUUGUUGGAAACAUCAGGACCCAGUCCGAUGCAGGGUGCUUUUUGGGCUGAACUUUCUAGAGUCCUCUUCUGCCCAUCAUGAUGGAAGGACACUUAUCUUAACGACCGCCUGGGAGAUCGGACUCCUUUCGCUUUUAUGGAAUGGCGUGGGUGUGACGUGUCCUGCGAGUGGUCGUCUGUAACAAAUGCAAGUGCCUCGUCUAUUGGAUUUGUGAUUUUUACACUUUGAGCGUUUGAAUAACGUUACUGGAGUAGAGAUUGACCUUCAUGGACAAACUGACCACCUCCUCAUCUUUGUGAAAGUAAUCGGAUAAACGACAUGGCUAAGCCUCUCUCCAUUCCUUCCUUGACAAUACUUCCUCCUGCCUCAGAUAAUGAAGCCUGGUCACGUUCAUCAACUCCCACCUUCAAAAAGCGUCGCAAAGCAAAACUCGUGGAGCAGGGUGCAAGCGCAGGCAGUGAGAUGGAGCAUGCCAUAACCCAGGCUGCUGCCGUCCUCCGGCCCCCUACCAUUGAGAUCACACCAUCCAGUGAUGAAGACGUGCAGCGGUGGUCCAACUGCUCAACUCCCAGCGCCUCACCGCGACGCAGGCGUUUCCUUUUGAAGAAGUGGCUCCGGCGGGGGUACAGGAACCAUGCCACGGAGAGUGACAGCUGCAGUACGGCCAGUAACUCUCCGCGCAGCACUCCUAGCAGCUCCCCAGCUGUGCGUAAACGCCUGCUCCCAUCGGGGUCCUCAUCCCGCUCCUGUGACGGGGAGAGCAGCAGCAUCACCAUGGUGGAGAAGGGUUCGGACAGCUCAUCAGAAAAGGGGUCUGCAACGCCGCCGGUUCAGCCUCCUGGCUCUUCCAACAGCACUCCGUCCAGCUACCCGCUGUCUGCUCGCAACUUCGCACGCAAUGCCAAGAAGAUGCAGAGCUGGUACAAUCAGGUGCUCAGCCCCACCUACAAACAGCGCAAUGAGGACUUCAGGAAGUUGUUUAAGAAGUUACCGGACACCGAGCGCCUUAUAGUCGAUUACUCCUGCGCACUUCAGAAAGACAUUCUCCUGCAGGGCCGCCUUUAUCUCUCGGAAAACUGGAUCUGUUUCUACAGCAACAUCUUCCGCUGGGAAACCACUAUUACCAUCCAGCUGAAGGAUGUGACGUCCCUUACCAAGGAGAAGACUGCCAAGCUCAUUCCCAAUGCCAUCCAGAUUUGUACAGAUCAGGACAAGCAUUUCUUCACCUCAUUCGGAGCCAGAGACCGCAGUUACCUGCUGAUCUUCAGACUAUGGCAGAAUGCGCUCUUGGAAAAGCCCCUGUCCCCAAAAGAGUUAUGGCACAUUGUCCACCAAUGCUACGGCACGGAGCUGGGCCUUACCAGUGAGGAUGAAGAUUAUGUUUCACCUACUGAUCAGAUCAUACCAGUGGAUGAUGCUGUGCCAGAACUUCUGGAGCUGCGCAGUGAACACUCCCCUCGCCCCAGUAUGGACCUCAAGUUGGAUGCAAGCCCACUAGCCAACUGCUGUGUCAACAACCGCUCCAUGACCUCAGUGGAGAGCAGUGAUGGCGGACCGUCGUUUUUGGAUGAUCCUGAGCCGAGACCUGAGAGCCAAUUGGAUGGCUUACCCAAUCAAAUUUUGUCUCCUGCUUCCGAAAGAGAGGCUGUGGGGAUCUUGUACUCUUUGGACCUAAUCAAUGACGAUGACAUUCCCACAGACAUGAGCAAUUCCUCUGACACACAAGAUGAAGUAGAAGUGGAGGCCAUCUGCACAGACCUUGCCGGACGUUUGCAUAUCAAUGUUGUCUACCAUAUCGGUGUGGACAAGCUGUUUGAGCUGCUUUUCACUGACCCUCACUUCAUACAGGAUCUCUUCAAGCAGCGCAACAUGACCGAGCUCGCAGUCAACGAGUGGCAGCAGGACAACAGUGGCAGCUCCAGCAGAAUCAUCUCUUACAACAUUGGCAUCAACAAGCCUGUUGGACCAAAGACUGCACCUUCAAUUGAGACUCAGACGCUGUGCCGAGGCAGCGAGAAGGGCAAGUGUUACGUGAUUGACGCUGAAGUUGUGAUGCAAGGAAUCCCGUACCAGGACUACUUUUACACUGUGCACCGCUACUGCCUGACGAGUGUUACCCGAAGCAAGUGUCGUCUGAGGGUGUCAUCAGAUAUCCGCUACAAGAAGCAUCCAUGGAACCUGGUCAAAAGUUUUAUUGAGAAGAACACCUGGAGUGGUAUCGAGGACUACUUCAGACAUUUAGAGCUAAAGGUGUCUAAAGUAGAAGCUCUCCUCAAACCCGAGGUAGCCGGGAGCGAGACCCCCAGCAAACUACCGUCGCUCCGCCGGAGGAAGCGCAAUCCAAGCCGCAAGUCACAUCAUGUAGAUGGAUUGGGGUCCCUGGGAGCUUUGGCUGACAAGGAGAGACCCCCACGAGCUGGACUCGGUGCAGCGUCAUCUUUCUUAAAGCACGCAGAGAGAUUUGGUGGCAGCCACGGCAUUUCAACUGUCCUGCUUAUCGUCAGUUUCAUGAUCUGUGUAAGCUUGGUGGUCCUUGUGGUGCUGAACAUGCUGCUCUUCUACAAGCUGUGGUCCUUGGAGCGAGCCGCACACACGCUUGAGACUCUGCACACCUUUGCACUUUCAGAUGGGAAGUUGCCUCAGACAGUUACAGAGUGGGCUCACAUUCUGGAGCUGCAGAAGGAGUUCCACAAUGCCGAAGUCCGCAAGUGGAAGCAGAUCCUCAAGGCCUCAGUUCGACUGUUGGAUGAGAUGAAGUUUUCCUUGGAGAAGCUGCAUAAAGGCAUAUUAACAAUGGAGGCCCCUCUGACGUCGGAGAACAACCAAGAGGACCCGUUCGCCUAGUGAUGUGGUUUUCCAAGGAUGCUGGAGGGUCUUGUGAGCAACGUGCAAUACAUUGAGCCAACUUUUGCAUGAAUAGGCAGAAGCUGUGGCCAGAAGGGAGCCGGAAACCCAUUAGGUCAAAAUGACUACGAAACAAUGGAGAGAAAUGAGAGUUCAUGGCAGCCUUGUGCAGACGUGGAGGAGCAUGACCUUUUAGUUUUUGUUUUGUUUUUUUUUUUUAAAUUAUACAAAUCAGUGUUUUGUUCUUACUUGAAACUGCCGUUGGACAAAAACAUUCAUUUUCACUCAAACCUCAUCCAAGAGGCUGAGCUGUGAUAAGUGAAAGAAAAUGGAAGGUUUGACUUUUAUAUACAUGGAAAAGAGCAAAUUCUCCUUGGUCAGCAGACUGCUGCCACGUCAAGAUGGCAUCUUAGAGCACAGGGUCUCUCGCUGACCUUCAAAGCUGCAGUCGGGGUCCGAGGAGGAAUUGAAAAAGAUGAAACAUGACUGCUGUGCUUCAGUGCUGGGGAGCGCCACACUUGUGUGCUGUGAUGGAAGAAGGAGGCCAGCAUCACCGUUGAAAUUCGGACCGCACUGGGAUCGGGGGCCUGCGUCAUCUGCACUGAAAGAGGGGCUACACUGCAGGCAGUUAGCUUCACCGCCUUCGAAUGACAAAGACUAAUAUAUUAGGGAUCGGGCAGCUGCACUGAGGUUUGACAUCCUGCGGUACUUGUUGGCCUUUUUGAAAGGUUUUGAUUUCUGUGCCUGCGUUAGGACAUUGCUGGCAGCGAGACAAUUCAUCUCCCGCUCUUUACGUCCACCUGUGACAUCAGGGGCAGUCAGUUCUCGUAGGCCAAGGAGACUUUCACACUAUCUUAUAGUCUUCAUCUUAAAUGGCCCAUGAGAUGCCAUGAGCAGGAGCCAACGCCACCUUAUGUGGGCAAAGAGUGAGGGAGGCGCAGUAGAACAAUGAGGUGACAUCUUCACUCCUUCAGCAUUAAGCAGGAAGGCCCAGCCAUUGUAAAUGCGCCAUUCUUGUUGUUGGCCUUGGCUACCAGGGUGGCAAGAUAUGUAAGGCCGGGCCUUUCAACUCAAUGUUUGUCUUUGAAAACUGAGAGCCCACAAGUCAUAACCAGUAACAUUAGUGAGAUACGGGAUGGGGACGUCUGCGUGAUUAGACAGUGUGGUUAGGUGUGUGUGUGUGUGAUAUUCCAUUCAUGCCAUUUUCAAAGCCAGCAAGGUUUCGAGGGGCCGGACCUCCAGUAAGCGUAGGGCACAAGGCAGGGCGCCCGUCCAUUGCAGGGUGAGCACACAAGUGUAUCAGUUUCUAUAUGAUAUGUUUGUAAAAUGAGGGGACUUCCUCAAAGCUGCUUAGCACAGGCUGACUCUCCACACUUGAAGGAGUCAAAAUGAACACACCAAAGUCUUCAUGAUCCUCCGGAUUUUUAAUUGCUGUGUGUGUGUUUAGGGUUUGGUGUGUGUACGGCCCACCCCUAAUUACUUGUGCUUCAUCCUCUGCAACGGUGUGGUGAUGAUGAUGAAGAGGCCCAUGUCUCCGUGUUUCUGACCUCGAGGUCCUCGUCUUCUCCGCGGACCCUCGCAAGGCCCUUGUAGCCCACGUACUUAAGAAUCUGACACGAGUAAGAGUUCAGAUGUCCGGGAGACAUCAAGUAACCUCUGAAAUUACGACUCGGAUUCUUCCUUUUUUUCGUAGUUGUUCUCAGAUUGUAGCACACUUGAUGGCUUGAUGUGAGUGAAGUGACACAAAUGGCCUUGUGGGCCACAAAUGCCAUUCUCUUACUUUUCCUCACCAGCUGUUUUAUUCCUUUGCUAUCUGUUAGUGGACUUUGGUAUGUAGAAGGUAGAGUAAGAUGGCUGUGGCGCAGGGUGGCACACCCUUUGAGCUGUAGUGACGUCCCAGCCCUGUCCUGUGCCCGGGAGUGCUCAGUUCUGUGGGUGAUGAGCACCCCCCUCAGGUCACAUCACUGAGUGUGUCCACAGUGCAUGUAACUGUUACCUCUGCUCUGACUGCGCUGUUAAGAUGGCACAGUGGGCAGAGUCGGUCGCCUCAUCGUCACUUUAAAUCGGAGCUUCAUGCGGUGACUCGAGUCUCUUUGGUGUCCAAAUUAGUCAAAAGCUCAUAAACGCGGGUGCUAUCUUGAGUCCAGUGGGGUGUGAGCCUGCUGUGGCUCCAGGUUCAAGUGAAGAACUUGGCUUACAGUGGAGUCUUGACCUUGUGGUCCUUCAUGCAUACCCAUGGUACCCCAUUGCCAACCUCGGCAACUUUGUAGGAUAAGUGUGACUCUUUAUGGCUCAGGAGUGUAGCGGCUGAGGUUCCUUGUUAACGGAAGAUGAGCGGGCACAGUUGCCAGCUAGUCCAUCUAAGAUGGAGGUGGCAUGGACCAGCAUAGAAGUCCACCGUCAGUUUGAACUGACUUAAGGGAAGGGUCAAAACCGCAAAGUCCAGAGCGCGGUCAUCAAAGCCAAAGUUCCUGUACCUGGAGAUGCAAACAAAAAACUGCCAGACGCUAAGUGAUGAAGAGUACUGUCCGAAAUAUAGAAAUUGACUUUAAAAAUGUCACACCAGUGAGUUGCAGGUUAGACCCCCAGUAACAGGCCACCCCAUCAUGGCAACGAGUCAACAAAAGGGUGGCAUCUGUGUAAAUACCAAAUGGCGUAGGGAAAGGUACAAAAAUAAUGCAAGUACUUUACGAUGGCUUUGUAAUCGAAAAUGAAGUUCAGAAUUAGCAUCUGAAUAUUUCAGAUCUUCUAUGGAGUAGAAGUCAAAAAAAAUCCAAUCUAACCGCUAGCCCAGACCCAGGGCUCAGUGGAGGGUAACGGAGAACGCUGGGCAAGAGUGCCCUUGGCGAUGGCUCAGAGUCCUCUUCUAGCUGGCACUGUGCAUCCGUUGGGGUCCACGAGAGCUUAGUGUGCAGUUACAGGCUUGAGAUGAAGGUCCUUUGAGGUGCUCUGCUGAUCUUUAAUGAAGACCUCUGGUUACCUGAUGAAAUUCAGAAAUCGGGCUGGCCCGGCUGCUCACAUUUCGUGCCCUCCUCUGCAGCUGCCGUUCCUUGUUCUUUUAGCGGAGGAGACCCAGUGACACUGCAGGUGACGGGCUGUGGGAUGUUCUGUCUCGGGCAGGUGUCAGUAUUGUGUCAUUUCUGGACUGUUAAGGGCUUAUUUAUUAGGGACCACUUUGGUUUGGGGUCCAUUUAUUGUUGUGUGGUCCUUUGAAUCUGAAAUGGUGUUGCACUGGGAUUUCAAACCUCAGCACCUCUGCUGCCCCUCCUUAAGGUGAAUGAGAUUUCAGUUUCACGUUUGCCGACCCUAUUGGGUUUAAUCUGCUGGCCUGCCGGAUGGGCCCUGGAUUUGGGUGGGCGCAAAGCCGCGUGGUAAUACACUGGGUGGGGAGGCCGAUGUGCCAGACGUGCUCCCCACGUUUGGACCUGACUUAUGAGCCUCGCUCUUUUUCUUUCUUUUUUACGUUAUUUUCUCCGCCUCUUACUGUCCAAGACUGGCGCUGCUUGUCCUUCAGUAUUUGAAAUGAGUGCAGCGGCUGCUUAAACGGCACUAACCUGGGGUGCCAUAGUCGGAAGGCGGACGAUGCCCUGGGCUCGAGACUUGAGCCUGGCCGUUGUGUUUGGGUCCUCUUUGUGCUCCAAGCCGCUACUCUUUUGUUUUUUUUCCUUCCAUGUUGAUCUUGCUGCUGGUUGUCUGACUUGAUCUUCUUAUUUCAGUUCAUGUCUCUCUCAUUUGGUUCAUUUCUCUUAUUCUAAGAAUGAAACUGUAAAGUGCUGAAGUCCUCAGGUCUAAUAAAACUUAGAUGAGCUGGA